UGGUAGAAGUGUUGAAAUAUCAAUAUUUAGAUAGAAAUAAUUAUCAUAUUAGCAUCAGUGUUUAUAAUCAAUAACCAUUAGUAUAAGCUACAACCGAGUGUGAAUUUAAUAUAAUGAUCCAGCAACAUCAACGAUCUGAACCACAUACCAUAGAUGAUAUGUUGGUGAAAUAUUUGGGUCACAUUGGUCCCUAUCAAUGGCAGAUAUUCUUAAUGGCAUUAUUACCCAUUUUUAUUGCCGGUACCUUAUGCACUGCAAUGGUAUUCACAACGAACAUUCCUCAACAUCGAUGUUUGAUUCCGAAUUGCGAUUCUAACAUAAGUAAAAUAGUAAUCGAAGAUUCUUCAUCACAACAAUAUGGAUCAUCAUUUUUUAAUCAAUCUUUUCUGAAAUUCGCAAUACCAUUAACAAUGGAUCAUUCGCUUAUCACCUCAGAUAGUGAUCAUCGAUACGAUGAUUGUCAUUCGUAUGGUAUUCUUAAUCAAGAAUCCAAAUCAUUAAACGAAUCAUGUAGCCCAUCUUUGUUCGACAGUAAAACAAUACAAACCUGCUCAAACUAUGUAUUUGAACAACGAUACUUUGAGUCAACAUUUGUUACAGAUUUUCAGCUAUAUUGUGAUAAUGAAUGGAUUGUACAAUUAUUGCAGGUUUUAUAUUUUUUUGGAAAUUUGAUUGGAGCUGUAAGCAAUGGAGUUCUUGCCGAUAAAUAUGGCAGACGAUUUAUAUUCAGGAUUUAUAGUCCUCUCACAGUCAUAUGUAUUUUAAUGAGUUCAUUAACGCCAAAUAUUUGGCUAUAUGGUAUUGGAAUGUUCAUUAAAGGAACAUGUGUAGCUGCUAUUUAUCAAUCGGCAUUUGCAAUCACUAUGGAAUGCUUGGGAGGUAAAUGGAGAUUCUGGCUCGGAAUCUUGUCUAGCUUAUCAUUUACAGUGGGUGCCAUCUACGUUUGCAUAUGCGCCUGGUGGCUUCGUCGCUGGAGACUGAUUGAAUUUUCUAACCUGUUGCCCGCUCUCAUCAUGCUAGCAUAUCCAUUUAUUAUGCCCGAAUCCAUAAGAUGGCAAUAUUCAUCAGGUCAGCAUGUGAAAGCUAUGGAUCAGAUGAUGGCUGCAGCAAAAAAGAAUGGAAGCAAAACACCAUCAUUGAAUAAGGAGAUACUCGAUGUUUUUAUUACUUCAAAGAGCAAAGAAAAUGAAGAAAAAAAAGGCUCAAUCCAAGACCUAUUCAAGCAUCGAACAAUACGAUUAUGGACUUUAGCAUUUUUAUUCAUAUGGUUCACAAAUGCAUUAGUUUAUUUUGGUUUAUCAUUUCUAGCUCAUGACAUUCAUUCGAACAUUUAUCUAUCAAUGGUAUUGCUCAUGAUAAUUGAAUUUCCAGCCGUCGUCAUUGCCGGAUAUGUAGGAAAUAUAACCAGGAAAUACUAUCUAAUUGGCAUAUUAAUUUUGGGUGGUUUUUGCAGUAUGGGUGCUUCGUUUGCUAAAACAGGAGGAUGGAUCAAAAUGAGUACGGCAAUUAUGGGUAAAAUGAGCAUUACAGGAUCAUUUGCUUUAAUUUUUGUAUAUUCGGGUGAAAUAUUUCCUACACCAUUACGAACGACCGGUAUCGGAUUGUGUUCAUUUGCUGCUCGAAUAGCGGCAAUGACAGCUCCAUAUCUUCUUCGAUUGAAUAUGUAUGGAGACUCUAUUCCAUUUCUUGUCAUUGGCUUAUUCACAUUGACAGCUGGUAUGGUCACAAUUAUAUUGCCCGAAACCAAAGGUAAAAAAUUGCCCGAUUCAAUGGCCGAUGUAGAACGCUUACGAAAUUGAUGACUACCAUUCAUGCAUUGCAUUCUAAUAUGAUUAUUAUUCAUAGUGCUGAAGUUCAGAAAUUUUGAAUUUUUUC